AUGAUGCAGGUGAUGAACUCCACGGCGGCGCUGGCGCUGCAGGAGGUCCAUGGCUCGGAGGCGGGGCUCUGCCACGAGAUCCAUUUGAGCCACAAGACCGCGGCAUGCUUCGCCUCCGUUCCUAAUCGUGGCGCUGGUGGUGUAGCGCUGCUCAUCCCUGGGCUGUCGCCGAAUGAAGCUGCUGACCCCGAUCGUUUCCGUCGUUCGGAGCCCAUCUCUGGACGCGUCCAGCGGCUCCAGAUCAAGUCGGACGUAGCCGGCGCAGGCGAGGGCGCGCUCCCCAACAUGAUCGCGAUAUACAACGCCCGCAACUUCCAGCUCACCGCGGAACAGGUCCAACGCACGAGGGGCUCGAUCCGCGCCGAGCUCAGCAUCGCUGAGCAGCAGCCCGAGCAGGCCACCGCGCUCGCCACGGGUGAUUUCAAGUUCAUGGAUGAGGCCCCGCUCGAGAUGACGGCGCCGCUGGUCAACGAGGGCCUCCCUCGACGGCGAAAUCAUCGCCCCGAACGCCAGCUGCCAUGGGAACAAGCUCUGGGCGACAUGGUCGAGCUGGACCCAGAAUUACCGACGCACUACACUGUGCGCUCGCAGCAGUGCGCGCGGAUUGACAAGAUAUACAUCAGCUCCCUGCCGUGGCUGCUGAUUCAGUGGCGCGCGAAGGUGGACACGCCCGCGGCGCCUGACACCCUCUUCGACAGGGCACGUGCACCUGAGGACGCUGAGCCCCAGCCGAUCCCACAGUACAUCUUCGAGGGCCCCCUCUUCACCAAAUACUUCGACCUGCUGAGCGAUGCUGCUGAUGUGGUCAACCACCCGCCUUCCAUCCGCCUCAAGGAAUUCAAACGCCUCAUCCGCGAGGCGGCCAGGGUGACACGCAAUGACCUGACG